AUGAGCGCCGGUCAACCGGCGAAAAGAAAACCACAUGUUAUCAUCACGAUCGGGAUGGCGGGGGCUGGCAAGUCCACCUUCGUGCAGCGCAUUACCUCCUACCUCCACUCGCAAAAUCCUCCACAACCACCAUACAUCCUAAAUCUUGACCCAGCGGUUACUCAUGUGCCAUUCGAGGCCAAUAUUGAUAUCCGGGAUACCGUCAAUUACAAAGAAGUAAUGAAACAGUAUAACCUAGGACCGAACGGUGGCAUCUUGACUGCCUUGAAUCUUUUUACGACGAAAUUUGACCAGGUUCUGGACUUGGUCGAGAAAAGGGCUGAGACAGUCGAUCACAUAAUUCUUGACACUCCGGGGCAAAUUGAGAUUUUUACGUGGUCAGCCUCUGGUGCUAUUAUCACGGAUGCCGUUGCUUCCUCGUUUCCCACUGUAGUGGCGUACAUAAUCGACACCCCACGGACGACAGCUCCAGCGACAUUCAUGUCCAACAUGCUGUAUGCCUGCAGUAUUAUGUACAAGACAAAAUUACCAUUCAUCCUGGUCUUUAACAAGACGGACGCACAACCUCACGAUUUUGCUAUCGAAUGGAUGCAAGAUUUUGAGGCAUUUCAAGUCGCUCUUGCGUCCCAUUCAGGAUCGAGGGACUCUGAAGGUGAACCGACUUAUAUGAACAGCUUGAUGAAUAGCAUGAGUCUCGUUUUGGAUGAAUUCUACAAACAUUUGAAGGCUGUCGGCGUCUCAAGUACGACAGGUGCCGGUAUCAAGGAAUUUUUCGAUGCGGUGGAGGAGUCUCGUGAAACAUAUAGGACUGAAUAUCUCCCAGAACUUGAACGCGCCCGCGCCGCACGGGAAAAAUCACUGCAGGAUAUAAAAGAGGACUCAAUAAAUCGGCUGAUGAAAGAUCUUGCCGUUGAUCGUGCGGCAAAUCCCAAGGCAGCCGCAGAAGACCGCUGGGCGUCGGAUGAGGAGGAUGUCGAUGAUGACGAAGAGCUGGAAGUCAACCUGAUCGAUCGGAGUGAAGAACCAUAUCCUGGCCAAUACAUCGACGUCACGCGUAUGCGAGGACACAGUGAGAACAUAAAUUGGCCGAACCCGGGAUGA